AUGUUGACCCUCGCUAAAGCUAUUGCUAUACUCGCCUACACCGGCGCAGUUGCUGCCACACCUGUCCCAGAUGCUGGUGCCUCUUUUACUCUAGAGUCGAGAGAAGUCCAUGGAGCCCCCAUGCACCAACUCGAGCACAUCGUCGACAUCAAGCGCAGGGCCGGUGUUGAAGUGCACCCCAAGCUCGCAGAGGCUGCGAACCAGUUUGCUGCUAAGAGACACGCUACACUGGCUGCUCGCCAGGCCACCGGCACCUUGUAUGGUAAAAGUCCUGAUCCAUGGGACACGUCGUUCAUUUAUCCCGUGCAAAUUGCUGGCAAGACCUUCCGUCUCUUCGGCACGACGGCAGCUUCCGAUCUUUGGGUGUAUUCCUCCGCUAUCCCUAAGAAUCAGACUGUCGGCCACACAGUCUACGACCUCAACCCUGCGCACAUGAAACCAGGAAAUUUCUCUAUUGGAUACGACGGCGUCAAUUCACAGGCAUUCGGCAAUCUAUACGUUGAGCCCAUCACCGUCGGUGGCAUAACCGCCAAGACAACCUUUGGAGCCGCCACCCAAGCUGUUGAGGACUUCACAAACGACAAGACAGUGGACGGCCGGUUUGGACUCGGCCCUAUGGAGUACAACUUCCUUGGCGAAACCAUAGGCUCAAUAAAGACCUGGUUCCGCGAAGCGCUCCCACAGCUCGCGAAGCCCGUCUUUGCCGUCGCCCACACCAAGGGUCACGGCGUCUUCGACUUCGGCUUCAUCAACCAGAAGAAGAUCAGCGGGCCCAUCACCUGGGUCGACAACUUCCUCGAGGACUACUGGGAGGCGUACUGCUUCUACGCCCAGGGCUGGGCCGUCGGCGACCAGAAUGCCAAGACUUCUGCCCGCAAGAUGAAGAUCCAUCUCAACUCCGGCACGGAUGUUAGCUUCACCGACCCGGAUGUCGUCAAGGCGUGGUACUCGCGUAUCCCCGGCGCAGUCACACAGGACGACCAGGGCUACACGAUCCCCUGCAACAGCAAGCCCCCAGGCUGGACCGUCGUCAUCGGCGGCCGCAAGUUCUACACCCCUGGCUGCCAGCUCAUCUCGCAGCCCGUCGAUGACGAUGGCAAGGUCUGCCUGGGUGGUCUGCAGAAUAUUGGUGGAGGUGUGGAUUUCCACCUCUUCGGCACCAACUUCUUCAAGGGCAAGUACGUCAUUCACGACUUUACCAACCCGAACAAAGUCAAGCUUGGAUUUGCGCUGCAGCCGGGUUCCAAGUAA